CCUCUCCUUUCCCCCUUUUAAUCUACCCCCCUCUUAUCCUCUCUCCAUCCAUCAACCUGCCUCUCUCUCACCCUCUCCCUCUCUCACUAUUCCUCUGGUACCCACAAGACAAACAGCGCCUCUCACAGAAGAAGGCACAGAGGAAACAUGGGAGGGAAAAAGAGAGGGAAGAGAGACAGAAGGAGGUAGGCAAAAGCAGAAUACCUCUCGACCCCUUCUCAGUGCGCUGGACGGAAAAAUAUCAUGAGACACUUGAAAAAUACUGGAGUCGCUUGCCUAACUUCGUGGGGACCUUCAUUGCCUCCGUGGCCGUGUUCAUCAUGGGCUCGACUAUUAGAGGCGAGUGGCUCCACAUCCUCGUCCACUUCCUGAGAGCGUUCAAGCAAGGGGACAACAACACCACCACCACCACCACCAUCCCCGAUGCUCUCAACUCCACCUCCACCUUCCUUGGUAUUGACUUGGCCUCCUACAAGUUACAGGGGGUCGGUUACUACUGGCUGGCUGCUUCUACUGUCUCCUACACCUUCUACUUUGGCAUUGGUGGAUUUUUGCAUUGGUACUAUUACGUGCGCCAGAGGGACAGGCCAGAGGAAUGGAAGUGCCAACCUAACAAAUUUCUUCCUCCUGACUUGGAACGCCACGAAAUAAUACUGGGCAGCUUCUCCUUAUUCCUCGGCUCCACCAUCUCAGCUGUCAUCUCCUGCUACAUCAUGAACGGAGGCACCACCACUAUAUACUACGACGUGCACGAGUAUGGCUGGCUGUGGUACUUCCUCUCCUGGCCUGUCGUGUUUGUGUGGCAGGACUACCUCACUUACUGGCAUCACCGCGCCUACCACAUGCCCUUCCUGUACAAGCACUUCCACAAAUUGCACCACAAGUACAAACAGCCCACGGCCUUCAGCGUCACGGCCAUCCACCCCAUUGAGUUCCUUCACAUCCAGGCAGUGAUCGUCAGUCCCAUGGUGCUCUUCCCCGUGCACUGGACCGUGUUCGUGGUGAUCCUCUCCUACCUCUACUAUCACGGUAUAAUUGACCACUCCGGCAUCAACUUCAAGGCGCACUGGUGGCAGCCGUGGCAACCUGACUGUAUCUUCCACGACAACCAUCACCAGUACUUCCACGUCAACUUUGGUUUCAAUUGUGAACUGUGGGACAAGAUUCACGGCACGUACAGACAGAAGAACAAGGUGUACAGGGAGGACAUCUUCUACGGCAAGGGCAAAGAAAUGACUGAGUGCUCCAAGGAGGAACUGAAGAAGGCGCUGCAGGAGACAGAAUCUGAGAAUGUGUUAGCUUACCGCGGCAAAGUGCACGGCGACCAGAUCAUGGCCGUGAAGGAAAUGCUAACUUGACCCUAACCUAACCUAAAUUUGACUUAGAGUGACCUAACCUAACUUAACCUGCCCUGACAUUAUCCUACCUAACCUGACCUAAUUACCCAACCUAACCUAACUUGACCUAACUAACCUUACCUAACUUAAUCUUCCCUAACCUAACCUGACCUAGCAUGACCUAACCUAAUUUAACCUGACCUAGCCUAACCUUACCCAAGCCUCACCCUAACCUAACCUGACCCUAACUCAAUUUAACUUGAGCUAAUCUUAACCUAAUCCUAACUUGACGUAAUCUAACCAUGACUGUUGUUGUUGUUGUUGUUGUUGUUGUUGUUGUUGUUGUUGUUGUUGUUGUUGUUGUUUGUUGUUACUUUCGAUGUUGUUUUGAUAUUAUUUUUUAGUUUAAUUAAAGACUGUUUUGUUGGGAA